CCGUGACCACUCUGCAGUGACGCCGUUGCAAUCAAAGACAUAAGUUGUGUGUAGGGUUGUCAAUGCUGACAUUGGCUCGGCUUGUCUUCGUAUCAUUGCCAACUCCGAGAGAGACGUUGGCGACAGUCAUCGUUGAUUUUGAGCGGUACGCGGACUUUUGCUUUGGUGGUCUGGGGAAUGCCGUGAAGGCAUCAGACAUUUGGACAUAUACUUUUAUAGUGUGCAAUGUGUCGUGUAGACCUUUCCUUGUACUUCAUGAACUCCUUUCAAAUUGCAGUACAGUUUCUUUUGCUAACUAAAUUCAG